AAUUCGCAAAGGCGCUCUCCGCGGGGAUUGGGAAGAUGCUGGUUGCGGAGGCCGCCGAGCGGAACAAGGAGCCCAUCCUGCAGGUGUUGCGGCAGUACGUGGACUCAGCCCAGCGCGGCGUCCGAGUGCUGGAAGUGGCCUCGGGCUCGGGCCAGCACACAGCCCACUUCGCGCGAGCCUUCCCCUAUGCGGAGUGGCAGCCGUCCGACGUGGACCAGCGCUGCCUGGACAGCAUCUUGGCCACCACUCAGGCCCACGGGCUGCCCAACGUGAAGGCCCCGAUGUAUCUGGACGUGACCUGGGACUGGAAGCAGUGGGGCGGGAUCUUGCCGCAGUCGCUGGACCUGCUGCUCUGCAUCAACAUGAGCCACAUCAGCCCCCUGAGUUGCACCGAGGGCCUGUUCAGAGCAGCAGGACACCUGCUCAAACCCAAGGCUGUGCUCAUCACCUAUGGGCCCUAUGCUGUCAAUGGGAAGAUUUCUCCCCAAAGUAAUGUGGAUUUUGACCUGAUUCUCAGAUGCAGGAACCCUGAAUGGGGGCUGCGGGACACCUCCCUUCUCAAGGACCUGGGCCAGGCCAGUGGCCUGCUCCUGGAGAGGAUGGUGGACAUGCCAGCCAACAACAAGUGCCUAAUUUUCCAGAAACAGUAACUCCCUCUUCCGCGAUGCCUGUGUCCCUGGACAAAGCCCCUGCGGCCCUGGGCCAGACUGUGGGGCGUGGCCCUCCCCAGACUGGGGAUUCUUGACCAGUGGCCAACAGGGCUGCUGAGAACCUGAGAAUAAAGUCUUUCUUGC